CAAUAUCGGGCUGAAACGUUAGUUUAAAGAAGUUCAGUUUAAGUCGACAGUUCAACGAAGUUGGUAGUUCUAAGAUAUAAAAAGUCAGUUUAUUCGAAAAUUCCGUGUUCCUCACGGGUAGUUUUUUUUUUUUAAAUAAACGAUUUUGGAUAUUUGUUUCUAUUUUUGUCUCAAAGAGGACUAUCUCAACUAUGUUAGUGCGGAAGCUGUUCAUCAUCUUUUGGAUGAUGGGACAUCAAACAUUGGCCUUAUAUGUCCCACAAGAUGUUGAAAUUCUCGAUGGCUAUGACUUUGAAGAAUCACCCGAAUACUAUCAAUCAGAUAGUGCCUACUAUGAGGCUAGAAGUUUAGCUGCUGCUGGAAACUUUGGUCAAUCGAAAUCAAUACGUAAUCGUCGUUCAACAGCAGAAUACGAUGCAGCAAAAGCUUCCAACACUAAGUCGAAAAAGAAAGACAUAGAACAAAAUGUUGAUAGUGAUAAAAUCGAGGUAGUUGACAAGAAAAAUCCAUCAGGUGGGCGUCAAAUGUUGCCAAAGGCUGAAAAACAAGUCAUGGAGCCUAAUUACUAUCGUAAAGAUUCAUGGAAUGAUUACUCAUGGAAUAUAAAACGAGAUGACGAUGAUUCAGUUUCGGAUGCAAGCAAUGAUGGCUUCAGAAGACGACAACCACGAGUGAACUUUGUAACUCAGCCUAAGAAGGUUGACCUAGAUCCAAAGGAUCGGACUAUUGUUAAAAUCUCCCCACCACAAUUGAAGCCCCAUUACGAUGAUUACGAGCCGUACAAAUACGAAAUGUAUCCAUCAAGAUCAUAUGAUCAAUAUCUUCGACGUUAUGAUAGGUACGACGAACAAUACGAUCGUGAUCCUUAUAACUAUGACGAACAUUAUCUGUUCCGUCGUCAUUAUGAUCCCUACGACAGCUACAGUCCUCGUGUCCCCAACUAUCCUGAAGCUUACUACAACUAUCCCGAUAGAAGAUUCGAUGUUCCAGAACCACGGGACUACGGUUCACUUUACAACAAUGAAAUAUACGAUCGUCCAUCAAGCUAUGACAACCGUAAUCGUCGCAUUGUCUACUACGCUCAUUUGCCCGAAAUAGUUCGACCUCCACCCGGUGUUGAUUAUAGCAAUCACUACGAUAGAGGUCGUUACGAUAGCAACAGGAGAAAUCCUGAAGUAACCAUACCAAUAGCUUAUAAGGUUGCAAAAGAGUCUGAAACCAAAGAUUCAUAUGGAUUUGUGAAGCGAGAAAAAAAAGAUCAUAGAAACUCUGCAACAGUGUCGCCAAGUAAAUCACCAUCAAGAGAAUAAAAAAGGGGAAGAGUUGGGAGUGCACGUGAAAUGAUUUUUCAAUGAUUUCAUUUGUAUAACUUAUUUUUUAUAAUAAAUAUUAAGCUAAAGUAAGUUUAAUUACAGUAAACUUUCAUAAAGUCAAAGAAAAAGUUUUCGAGAAAUAUUAUUUUGUUUCAUGAAAAAGUUGUUUUGGAAAUUAUAUUUUAAAAUAAAAAAAUAAAUAUUAUAA